ACUUGCUUAUAUGCGAGCGAACAUCGGCAAUUUCAAGACCUGCAGCGCAGACAGCAAAGCAGUGGCAGUGACAUCCUGUGUGUUUGCAAUUAAAUUAAACAGGAGAUCGAAGGAAGAACUUUAGAGGAAAUGGGCGAAGCAUUAUUUGAUCUUGAACAACUCCUCAAGUCCCAAAAGGAGGCAUUGACACUCGAAGAAGCGAACAUACUUCAAACAUGCAAGUCUAAGGCUGUUAGGCAAUUUACGGCCGGUGUUAUGACCGGUGCCACUGUUGCUUGGGCAGCAACAUGGAAGCUAAGUCGGUUUGCUCAAGCCAAUAUUUCAGGAGGUGCUGCUGUUUUAUUUGGAUUCUGGAGAUUUAACAAGUCUUUGGAUACCUGUGUUGAUCAUAUUCUUGCUAUGGAUGGAAGUCGGUUGCAGAAGGAGUUAGCAAAUAUAAUGGCAAAUAAAUAUCGAGAUGAUCCUUGGUCAAUGCAUCGUUUGAAUAAGCAUUUCUAUUCAGAGAAUGUUUUUGUUGACUCAAACUCAGACAGGCCAGUAAUAAGGCUUCGAAAUCGGAAUUUCUUUGUUGAUGAUGUUGCUUAUAGCCAACGAACACAUGACAUUGAUUCUCACAAUGUUUCCCUCGUUGACUCUGAUGUCAAAAGGGCUGGUGUGGAGUCCAAGAAAGUUCCUGCUAUUUUUUUUUGCUUCUACAUCCUCUAGCAGAAACUGUAGAGUGAGGAUAGGGAGGGCAGUCUUAGGGGGGAAGAGAAAUGAAAAUCCCAGUAUCUCAGCAUAUUUGAAAAUGAGACGAGCCAGGAUGUUGUGGAGAUAAUUAUGCAGUUGAGUUCAUGUAUAAGCAUCCACCGGGCAAGACUUGGCAUUUAUGCAAAAUCUCAGAACCAUAGUUUUCAAUAUGGAGUCACGGGGAAACAGCCAGGGCUUUGGGCCUGGACUGGGAGUUAACAAAUGCACUCUCAUGGAAAAGGAGGUAACCUUCUCCCCAGUUUGGACAGGAUUGUCAGCAGCACCGGAAAAGAUAUUCUACUCCUUCAACGAGACAAUACAUUCUGUAGUUGAUCCAUUGUUUACUGUAGUAAGCUUUUCUGCUGGAAGAGGUAUGAUUUUAGAGCAUAUUAGGCCUUAAAAGUGAAUUUGUAGGGAUUUGGUACCAAGCUUGGGAUACAUUAGUUGCUUGCCACAGGUAAGAAAGUUUUCCUCAGGUACUUCUGUGAUGGAAGGACAGCAACUCUAACUACUGAAAUUUUUUAUGAACAAGCAACUGCAUCUGUUACAGGCUAGGCUAGGCUUUGUUGUGUUUUGUUUUUUUCUUUUCUUUCUUAUUUUCUUUUUUGUGUGUUGGGGAGCAUGCUCAUAAAGUUGCUCUUUGCUGACCUUUUCAAUCACUUUGAAUUUAGUUUUCUCCUGUCUUUCACUUUGGUAUAGGAAAAACAAGGGAAAAACUAAGAAAAGGGAUGAGAGAUGUAGUUAUGCUUCAAUAACUAUUUGUCUAUUCUACUUGAGCAUGCAUGUCCAAUAUUAAAAUUCUUGCUUGAAGAUUGUAA